GGCUUACACACCUUUACCUCCCCAUCUGCUGAGCGUUGAUUCUGUCGACAUUCACUUUUGUUCCGUCACUCAGAGCACACGACCAAAAUCAGUAGGAAGCUGGUUCUUCGAUGUCAAACAUUUUGGUGACUGUUAGCGCUGGGAGCUCCUUUGCCGAGGGAAUGGCCGCUGCGAGAUCUGGCUCGGUAUCAGUGGACGAUGAUGCAGGUAUAGAGGAGUCGGGAAUCGGUUCACGGAAGAAGAAAACAGUUAGAAGAAGAAAGGUCAAUCAUGCAUGCUUAUAUUGCAGAAGAAGCCAUAUGACUUGCGACGAAGGAAGGCCCUGUCAGAGAUGCAUCAAGAGGGAGAUAGGACAUCUAUGUCACGAUGAUCGUCGACCUAAAUCCGAUAAUCAGCCUCCGGACAUUCCCCCAGCUACAAACCCUUCCACCCCAGGAUUCAGUACAACUGCGACCACGAAUCGACAUCAACCCACACCGACCACAGGCGGUGUUUCUGCGUCUUCUUGGCCCAUGGUUUCCCAAUCACCUUUCAUGUAUCGCUCGGAUACUCUAGGAAAUGAAUUUUCUGUUUUAACGGACUUUUUAGAAACCCUCGAUGACAAUUCAUUCUUCGGAGCUCCUCAAAGUGUUUCCUCUGCUUUAUUGGGUUCCGGAACAAGCUCGUUCACGACCAAUACAUAUACUAUUCCGACAAAUGGGUCAGCGACGGCUACAACAAUAUCUGGCACCACAGAAUCAGCUUCAACCAACUCAAAUUCUAAUCAAGAAACUUCACCAUCGUCAAAUUCAGAUGACCCUUCGACUAGUGAAGGCGAAAAAGCUCCAGAGACACAAGCGCCAGAUCCGGCGACAAUUCUUCCUGCGGCUACCAAAACCGAGAAAUUUUUACUCACUGCGGCAGAUCAAGAAUCUGGAUCCAGAGACGAGCGUUUAAGUUGGGUUAUCAGGAGUAAAUACGAAGCGGGAUUGUUAAAACCAUAUAACUAUGUGAAAGGCUACGCUCGAUUAUCGAGAUGGAUGGAUCGCAACGUUUCUCAAGAGUCAAAGCAACAAAUUUUACAACCACUCUCAGUUUUACGACCCAAAUUUCGAGCUGUAGCACAAUCAUUGCGAGAUAUAGAUCUCGUCUUCAUCGAAGAGGCAUUUGAACGGCUCUUACUGGACUAUGAUCGUGUGUUCUCUGCAAUGGGGGUUCCUGCAUGUCUUUGGCGGCGAACUGGCGAGAUAUACAAAGGAAACAGAGAAUUCUCUGAAUUAGUCGGGAUAAAUGGUUAUCUACUAAGAGACGGAAAGCUAUGUAUAUAUGAAUUAAUGGCGGAAGAAAGUGCGGUCAAUUAUUGGGAGAAAUACGGUCAUGUUGCUUUCGACUCAUCUCAAAAAGCCGUCCUCACUUCUUGUGUGCUACGGUACAAGCCCCAGCUCAAUAUCAGCCCCAAUUCGCCGCGUAAUGGUCCCGUAGGGUCUUCCGCUUCAGGUGUGAUGGGAGCAGGUGUUGCAGGCGUUAGCACUUCCUCGUCCUCAGGGCCUGGUGCUUCGCUCACCCUUCAUCCGACGGCAUCGUCUAAUGCGGGUCCUGUUCUCACCUCAACCGAGGAGGGCUUGGUUAAUUGCUGUUUCUCAUUCACGAUUAGAAGGGAUAAGUGGGGCAUACCCAGCAUGAUUGUGGGCAACUUCAUUCGGUGCUGAUAUCUGGGUACGUAGGCCUCCUAUGACGAAAGUUUGGGCGGCUGUCUUCUUUUUCUCAAUAAUUUAUUUCUACAAUACACUGUUGAUUCUGUUUAUGUUGUUGUAAUAGGAUGAGAGUACUCGAACAGCAAUCAAUUGCAACGUCUGAAAUAUGUAUG